AUGUUCACAUUAGUGUUGUACUUUGCUUGCAGGUGUUGCGCAUGUAACGAUGCCGUCAGGGGUAGCGCCGCCUCAGGUCACGUGGGCAGGACCAACUUACCUCUCAUCUGCCUGGUGCCACACACGGACAAACCCACUGGGACCUCCGCACGUAAUCCCCCGCGUGGUCCAGCCCAGACUGGUGCAACAGCACAAAACGACUUCCAACUCCUUGAUGAAAAUUAUAUUAAGAAACAUUUCAAGCUACCUCCAAGAGCCCUGUAUCUUGACCCGUUCAGGCGGCCACUAAUCACAUUUCCUAUGACUCAAGAGGAUUCUAAGAACUUUAAUUUGGCGCGCAAGUAUAAAAUCAACCAACAAAUUCUGGACGGUUAUUUGGAUCCCAGUGAAGCCAUUUCUGCACCAAGUGUCUUCCCACAUGCCCCAGAUCACAAAUCUGAAAAAGCAAAAGCGGAUGAUGAAGAUGAAGAAAUCAUUUAUAUUCUGCAGCUUCCAGACUUCGAAUAUAAAUGUCCAGUACAUAACGAAACAGUGAAAACUCCCAGGUUUAUUUGGCACUCCUGCAAGAAACAGAAGGCAAAACAAUCAAAGGAACGAGCACGCGGUGGCGGCCCGUUGAACAAACCAAAACCUUGGCUACUAAGUAGAAUUACAGAUUUCGACUUAUUGUCGCAAUGACCAUUGGCACAACCAGGCUUCGACGCUUUUAAUAUGUCAGCCCCUUUCAUCGUCCAGAUGAAUAAUGAGGGAAAAUGGGAAAAUAAAAAACCCGACAAUUUGGACGAAGAACGACUUAAGGCUAUUGUUCAACACUUGGUUAAUUCCAAGGCAAUAGGUGCGGCACAGAGUUACUGCUGUCAGUGUGCUGCUGAAAAUAAGUUGCCAAAAAUGCAAACCCAAUAUGUGCCAGUAGUUGUAAUGCCAAUUUAUCCAAGUGACCAAUGUGUAUUUGAUAUGGAGGGCGAAGUCCAGAAAAUGUCCCAUGCUGAAAAGCAAAAGACUAAACCUAGUAAGAAAACUAAAGCAACAGAGUUAAAAGAAGACAAAGAGAAGGAUCGAAUAACGAAGCCAAAGAAGCGAAGCUUUGGUUUGCAGAGGCUCACAGACUUUGAUUUAUUGUCACAAUGGUGA